CUGAAGGAAUACUGAAAAAAUCCCGUCUGUAACGUAUUCUUUGCCCUCUCUGUCUGUCUCUCUCCUCUCCCUCCCUCUCUAUCUGCCUCGAAGAGAUUGUUCGAAUGUUGUUGAAAUAGUCAUUUCAGUCGAGUCGAAGACAGUCGAUGGCCAAAGCCCGAGCACCGAGACGAACCCUAGACUCCUACACCGUCAAAGCCAUCAACAAAACCAUCCGAGCCGGCGAUUGCGUGUUGAUGCGACCAUCCGAUCCGUCGAAGCCGUCGUACGUGGCGAAAGUGGAGAAGAUCGAGUCGGACAGUAGAGGCGGCCAUGUGAGGGUCCACGUGCGUUGGUACUACCGGCCUGAGGAGUCGAUUGGCGGCCGCAGGCAGUUCCAUGGCUCCAAGGAGCUCUUCCUCUCUGAUCACUAUGACGUUCAGAGCGCCGACACAAUCGAAGGCAAGUGCACUGUGCACAACUUCAAGAGUUACACAAAGCUUGAUGCUGUCGGCAACGACGAUUACUUCUGCCGUUUCGAGUAUAAUUCAACAACUGGAGCGUUCAAUCCCGAUAGAGUGGCCGUGUAUUGCAAGUGUGAGAUGCCUUACAAUCCUGAUGAUCUAAUGGUCCAGUGUGAAGGCUGCACUGACUGUUGUUUUUCCUUCAGGUUCCACCCAGCUUGUAUAGACAUGACUGCAGAAGAAGCCAAAAGACUUGACCAUUUCUUUUGCCAAAAUUGUUCUUCUGAAGCUCAAAAGAAGUUGCAGAAUUCUCAUGCUACUUCCAGGCAUUCAGAUACAAAGGUUGAGGCAAAGCGCCGGCGAAGGUGAUAUGCUCCAGAAGCUACAAAUGAUGAAAUUGGACAUAAAAGUGUUGGGAGGUUAUUAGGUUUCAAAGAGACGAAAGGCAAUGUUUCUGAGCUGAUGCGAAAGGAAACUGAUUGGUUCAAGAACUGUACGCUCAUGUUGAUUUGGUUUGAUGGAUUUCCUUUCGGAAGUUAAAAGCAUCUGUUUGGUAGCCUGUAAUUAUGUAAUGUAAAUUCUCCGUGUUUGUGAAUGGUGCGUGUAACCAUUAGGGGUUUCCUGUAAAGUAUCUUGAAUAAUUAUUACACCUUUCUAAGCAGCAGCAAUAUAUAUGAUAAAAGGGAUCUUGUGGUGCAUUUCAUUCCCCGCCUC